CACCAUCUCCCUAUCUCUGACCAACUUUCCAUCAGUAAUUCACGCUACCAUGAGCGCUACCGCUAUCGCCACCCCUUCCGCCGCCGACGCACAGGCGUACACUGCCGGGCUCGUUGACGCCGAGCAGAAGGCUGUCGAGAUGUUCAACGAGAUUCCCUCGCUGAUCACUAUUGGGAUGAGCGAGAAGGCACUCUCUGACGCAAUCCACAACCUCGGCCAGACAAAGUACGGCGUGCGCACGCACUGGCACAAGCGCAUCAUCCGCAGCGGACCGAACACGCUCCGGCCGUUUGAGGACAACCCACCCGACCGCAACAUUGAGGCGGACGACAUCCUCAUCAUUGACCUGGGACCAGUCUUCGAACAGUGGGAGGCGGACUUUGGGCGCACGUACGUGCUGGGCGACGACCCGGAGAAGCGGGCGCUAGUGGAUGCGCUCGAGCCGCUCUGGCAGCGCGUCAAGGCGCGCUACACCGCGCAGCCUGACAUGAGCGGCGAAGAGCUAUACCGAAUUGCGCAGGAAGAGACCGAGCGCGCCGGGUACGACUGGGGCGCGCCGAUUGCGGGCCACAUUGUCGGCCAGUUCCCGCACGAACGCAUCCCGCGCGACAAGAUCGCCCUGUACAUCGCCGAGGGCAAUGGGGACACCAUGGCGAAAGCAGGCAAGAACGGGCACCGCCGCCACUGGAUCCUCGAGAUACAUGCGCGCGACAAGCUCGGCCGCUACCAGGGCUUCUUCGAGCAGCUGCUGACUGUGUAGAGGCGAGAGUAGCGACUCGCAAAGUCCAGGAUAUGCACGGAUGGAGGACA